AUGUCACAACAAGUGGCCGAGAUGGUGUACCGGCCCAUGCCAGUGAUGAUGUCACAUCCUGCCGAUGAUGUCCAAGCCGCCAUGCCGCGCCAAGCAGUGCCAGGCACGAUCUCACAACCAGUUCCGGCCGAGAUGGUGUACCGGCCCAUGCCAGUGAUGAUGUCACAUCCUACCGAUGAUGUCCAAGCCGCCAUGCCGCGCCAAGCAGUGCCAGGCACAAUGUCCCAACAAGUGACCGAGAUGGUGUACCAGCCCAGCCCUGUGAUGAUGCCUGAUAUGAUGUCACAUCCUGCCGAUGUUCAAGCCGCCAUGCCGCGUCCAGCAGUGUCAGUCGUGAUGUCACAGCCAGCUAAAGUUGCCACGCAUCAAAAUGUUACGACUACUUCAGGGAAUGUCUCAGCACAUCCGAGUUAUGUAAUCCCUGCCAUUGAUACGUCAUCAAGCCAAGUGCCAGUAGCAGCUCCUCUCGAUAUACAGCGACAGCUAAUCGAUGCCUUGCGUCUUCCCAAGACCGGUCUUCAGAAGUUCGACGGGGAGCCGAUGCAGUAUUGGGCGUUUAUGAAUAGUUUUGAUAGCCUGGUGCACAGAGCCUGUGUUACAGAUGGAGACAAGCUCAACUACCUGAUGGAAUACUGCUGUGGUAAAGCUGCCCGAGUAAUUCGUCCUUGCGCUUUGAUGUCACCAUCAGCAGGAUAUGCCAGAGCUAGGGAGCUGCUGAAGGAGCGAUUUGGUGAUGAAUAUACCAGUGCGAAGGCUUGGGUGAAGAAGAUAGUUGAAGGCCCACCAGUAAAGACCAACUCUGGUGAAGCGCUGCAGGAGUUUACUGACGAUGUCCGGGGAUGUUACGAAACGUUAAAGGCCAUGAAUAAAUUGGCAGAGGUCAACUCUCAAGACCGGAUGGCAGACAUCUCAACUAGACUUCCCCUUUAUAUCCAGUCGAGGUGGAGAAAGGAAGCGCAUCGGUCGAAGCUACGGACAAAGUCAUAUCCAGAUUUCAAAGCCUUUGUCACCUUUCUCGAAAUGGUGUCUGGCGAAGAAAAUGAUCCAGUCUUUGGCAAGAUACAGGCCAAGGAUAGAGUUGAGAAGAAGCGAACCUUCCCACAGAAGAAAACAGGCGUCAGUUUAACAGUGCAAGCGACCGGCAAAGAUAAUCAGGCGACCAAAGCAGCCAGAAACAGUCCAGCUAAAAUCAAGUCCGUCACCAGCGAUGCUAAGCCCGAGACCAAGAAGAUGAAUUGUCAUAUAUGCAGCCAGAGUCAUAAAGUUGCAGCCUGCCCUAAGUUCAAGGCCAUGGAACCCACAAGACGUCUGGAGGUUGUGAAGGAGAAGCGGUUGUGCUUCAACUGCCUUGACUUCAGCAACCAUAGCUACCGUCAAUGCCACAGGUCCAGUGACUGCCAUGAGAAAGAUUGCAAGCUCACGCACUCUCAACUCCUGCAUGCUGCCAUGGUAAAGAAGGAACAUGCCGCUGUCGCGAAGCCUGCUACUCCUCCCAGCCAAGUCAAGACUGAUGGUGCAGAGAAUUUCGCCUGUGACUCACUGAACAAAGAUUCAACACGCAUUGCUUUGCCGAUUGUCUCAGUCUACGUCAGGGGGAAAGGGCAGCACGAGUUCAUCAAGACAGACGCGCUGCUAGACUCCGGCAGCAACAGAACGUUCUGCUCUGAGUCCUUGUUGUCCCAGCUCAAGUUGGAGGGAUCAAGAACAGCUCUGUCUUUGGAGACCCUCGGUCAAAGUGCAGCCACAGAUGCCAUCGAAGUGUGUCUUCAAGUUACGCCGACAUCCAGAAAGGCCAAGAAGAGAAGUGUGCUGGACUUGCCCAGGGUGUAUGCCAUCGACAGCUUUCCAAACAGCAUCACAGGACCGAGUCAGUUGGAUAUCGGCAGAUGGCGUCAUCUUACGGGAGUAUGCGACAACUCUGUCGACGACAAGGGGGUUUCGCUGCUUAUUGGCCAAGAUGUCCCACAAGCCAUUCUUCCGCUUGAAGUCCGCCGGGGUCGAGAUGAUGAGCCGUAUGCGAUCAGAACCAGCCUAGGGUGGACUCUGAACGGUCCAAUUGGUGGCCAACCAGCAGACAGUACGGCUGUCUGCUCCUUUUUUCAAGCUGGCCUUCCCGAGAAGAUGAACCAUGAACGUGUCUUGGAAGUCCAAGUUGAGCAGUUUUGGAGACUUGACGCCUGCCAGUCUCUUGCAAGUGGCCAGCCCCAGAUGUCACAAAAUGACAAGAAGGUAGUUGGCGUGUGGGACAAGUCAGUCAGCUUGGUGGACGGCCAUUACCAGCUCAACAUCCCGUUCAAGAAGACGCCUCCCGAGCUGCCGGACAACCGUAUGAUGGCGGAGAAAAGACUCCAGUCUCUGGGCCGAAGAUUGAGCAGAGAUCCCGCAUUGCACGACAAAUACAGAAGUGGUAUACAGGAUCUGUUGGACAAGGGCUUUGCAGAGCCAGUUCCAGAAGAUGAGAUGUCGCAACCGGGUAGUGUUUGGUACCUCCCUCACCAUAAUGUCGUCAAUCCCAGUAAGCCGGAAAAGUUCCGUAUCGUCUUCGACUGCGCAGCCACAUAUGCUGGGACUUCUCUGAACGACCAGGUCUUCCAAGGCUCCGACCUGAUGAACAAGCUGCUUGGUGUUCUGAUGAGGUUUCGCGAAUGCCCUGUUGCUGUUAUGGGAGACAUCCAGGAGAUGUUCCACAUGGUCAAGGUCAAACCCGAAUUCAGAGACGCAUUGCGAUUCCUAUUUUGGAAGGAUGGUGAUCCCAAGAAGAAACCUCAAGUCUACAGAAUGACGGUUCACCUCUUCGGAGGAGUAUGGAGCCCGAGUUGCUGCAGUUACGCCCUGAGACGAACGGCUGAAGACCAUAAAAACGAAUUUCAUCCCGAUACCAUAGAAACAGUGUUACAGGACUUCUACGCUGAUGAUUGUCUAAAAUCCGUACCCGGUGUUGAUGUCGCUGUCAAGCUGGUUGAGGAAUUGAGAACGUUACUUCAACUGGGAGGAUUCCGACUCACAAAAUGGUCUUCAAACAGCAAAGAGGUCCUCCUGUCCAUUCCUGUUGAAGACAGAGCGAAGACCAUAAAAGAUCUCGACCUGACGUCCGACUCCCUACCAAUUGAGAGAGCCCUGGGUGUCCAAUGGGACACGGAGACGGACACGUUUGGUCUCAAGAUUCGCUAUAAGGAACCAGUCUUCACGAGGCGCGGUCUUCUUAGAAUCACCAGCUCUAUGUACGACCCCCUGGGAUUGGUUUGUCCAUUCGUCCUCGAAGCGAAGAUGAUCUUCCAGACAGAAUGCAGAUCCGACAAAGGAUGGGAUGAUGAAAUGAGCCCCGCCAGCAUCAAGAGAUGGCAGAGAUGGUUGGAUGGCCUGCCCAAACUAGAAGAGUUUCAAGUGCCAAGAUGUAUUCAUCCGACCGAUUUCGGGGACAUCACUGAAGCUAGAUUACAUCACUUCUCCGAUGGAUCCGCCGAUGCCUAUGGUGCUGUGAGUUACCUGAGAUUGGUGAACAGUGACGGCGCUGUGCACUGUACGAUACUGAUGGCGAAAUCCAGACUGGCGCCGAUGACACCGAUGACGAUUCCUCGCCUGGAGCUGUCCGCUGCCGUGCUCGCUGUGAAGAUGGACAACCUCAUACGUCGUGAGAUAAGAUUGCCCCUGCAAGAGUCGACAUUUUGGACGGACAGCACAAUCGUUCUCCAAUAUGUCAGGAACAAAACCAAGCGUUUCCAGACCUUUGUCGCCAACCGUGUAGCCGUAAUUCAUGAUGGUACAAGGCCAAGCCAGUGGCGUUACGUAGGGACAAAGGACAACCCGGCUGAUGAUGCGUCAAGAGGGCUGAACGCCGAACAGAUGUUGUCCGACACCAGAUGGCGCCAAGGUCCAGCGUUCCUAUGGUUGAGUGAGGACAGUUGGCUAGAAAUACCAGAAGGACAGCCUAACCUGCUUGAGAGGGGUCGUGACGGUUCCUGA